AUGCUGCUCAGAAAAACCAUACGCAGAACAAAAAACUUUCUCAACAAAACCCUUCAAAACUUCAAAUCCUUCAUCUUUGGAGGGUAUAAAAAGUUAUCCAAAGCCCCAUCUUUGAAGCUUUUCAACAACCCAAAAAUGCAACAACUCGACAAUUUCUACAAAGAAUUCUGUGAGCAGUGGGAUUCUGAUGCCAAUAAUGCAAACCCAAAUCUCAAAGGAGACAUUGAAUCAAAUGGAAGUGUAAUCGAGGUUUCAAACAACAACAACAAAGGAACAAACAUGACGCAAGAUCAGAAAUCAGUAGUAAUUAGCAGUAGUCUUGAAGAUAAGAAAGAUGGUGGAUGCUCAAACGAAGGAAGUCAAAUCCAUGUUUUGGAGCAAAAAAUGAAAGAAUUGGAGAUGAUGGAUAUGAAGGAUGAAGAACAGGUGUUGGAUAUUGAAGAGGUUCUUCAUUAUUAUUCUCUUCUCACUAGCCCGAUUUAUCAAGAUCUUGUGGAUAAAUUUUUCACAGAUAUGUACUCCGAUUUUUAUGUCCCUCAGCCACCUAUAAGAAGUAAUAGCAUCAAUAGUUCGAUAAGGAGACUAGGCCCAUUGAACGUCUAG